AUGCCUGUUGAGUUUGCAAGACAGAAGCAACAGCAGCAUAGAGCGGCUUCCCACCUUUGUGUGCAAAAAGUUUGUUUUGUGGCGUUUCUCUUACGAUCUUGCAGUCAUAGUUUAUCAACAGUGGCAGUCGAAUAUUCGUGUUCACACUCUUUAAACAGGUGUCCAGUGAAAACUGUGAGCUCCAGGCCCGGUCGACCGCCGAAGAGGGCAACAGUGGGUCUGUCGAUUGCCGCUACCCACCUCGCCCAGCAUCACCACCAGCUGAAGAAGCAUCGGCUGGACAACGGCGAGUACCCUGGCUACGAGAACGGGCAUCUGGGCGACCCUCCCCGGCUGGAAAAGUCUCCACUGUUGGCGAAUGGCUACAAUCAUCCACCCACUCACCUAAACCACAUGCAGUUCAUGCAGCUGAACCACCACCCAGCUGCAGCGCACACCGCCAUCUUGUCACCCGCGGGAAUCCCCCACCAUGGGCUCGCCCGAGCAGAUGGCUCAAUCAUCAAGAACCAGGGUAUUCCGGGAAUGGACGUAAUUGCAAGAUCCGGUAUUUGGGAAAACUGCCGUGCGGCAUACGAAGACAUAGUUAAACAUCUUGAAAGAAUGCAAUCCAACGCAGCGCAACGCGGGCCUACAACAGCCAUGGAUAUUGAGGACGAGGUAACGAGGACAUGAUUUUGGACUCAGAAUAGAAGAGAUACAGAAGGUUGCAUACAAUUUUGUAAUUAGGACUUUUGUAAUUUUCACGUUUUACAAGAUAUUCUGGCGUAAUGGAAGAGGGAGAUUCAUAUGUACUG